UAGAACGUGCUCGUUCAAUCCUUCUGACCUCUACUCAUUCCUUGUUUGCGACUUCAAACACACCUGCUCAAGUGUAUCGGUCGAGGAUACAUUACUUUCUUAGUCUCUCAUUUGCUAGUGCUGCCUUUGGAGCAGCAGAAUCGCGCAGGAAGCGAUGAUGUCGACCGAAAUUUCCCCUCCAGUCUUAACACGCACAUAUACAGCUCCUUCAUCUGUCCUUUCGCGGCCGAAUGUGAACUCGCAGUCGCAACAAGGCCCGUUCAAUCCGCCUCAUGCUUCACGCAUGCCGACGGCAACCGGACCUAUUUCUUCAAUUCACCUCGGCCCAAAUGCCCCUACCCCGAUAAUCAAUGGCGGUCCAGUUGUUGCCAGUGAUAGCAUCAUCAACUAUGUCGCCGGCAAAGAUCAGUCGCUCUACCAGAUUUGUAUCAACCUUCGGCAGCGAUUAAAAGACGUUCCUGGAUUUCAGCCCCACUUGGAUGAAAUUGAUGAAGAGGAUCGUGUAUCGGAUGGAACUGACCCAGUCUCGUCACUCUGGAAAUGUUUUCGCAAGGGCUAUCCUUUGAUGGCUCUGGCCAGUGUCUUGAACCCCGAAGUUGCGCAAAAUGUGGAUCCGUCCAAGGUUACAGAGGCGAAGAGGGGCAAAGCUGCUACCUUCAAAUUCUUGCGUGUCUGUCUGGAAGAUCUCAACUUCCCCUCGGCCGACAUGUUUCUCAUCGCUGAUCUGUACGGUGAUGAUACGACGGGAUUCGUAAAGGUAACAAAAGUCGUUGGCCGCGUUCUUGACAUUCUCGCCCAGCGGGGCCUUCUGCACUCACCCGCCACUGACGAAAAUGCCAAAGAAGCAUCGGAUCAGCCUGUUGUGAAGCGUACGCAUCGAGAUUUUGUGGUCGACGAACUGGUCUCAACCGAACGGACCUACGUCCAGCAUCUAGAGAUCUUGCAGCAAUUUAAGAAGCAGGUUGAAGAGCGAGGCGUCAUACCUGGCGAUGCCGUGCACGACAUCUUUUUAAAUCUCAACAAUCUAUUAGAUUUUCAGAGACGUUUCCUUAUUCGGGUAGAAACGACAAAUUCUCUCCCCUCGGAGCAGCAAAAUUGGGGUCAACUAUUUGUUCAUUAUCAUGAAGCAUUUCGGGUCUACGAACCGUACAUUGCAAACCAACGUCGCUGCGAGGAGACUGCAAUGCGCGAGUUUGAUAAGCUCAAGGAGGCUGGUGGUUCCAAGGAACUUCGGCAGAUUGUCGAUUCGCCUACUGUGCUGACUGGGUUCUUACUGAAACCGUUCCAGAGACUGGCCAAAUAUCCGCUGUUAUUAAAGGAGCUCCGCGACAAAGGUGAGAGUGACGAUCAACGUCGCUCGGAUCUAACGGCCGGUAUUGAAGCUGCGUCGGAUGUGCUUGAACGAACCAAUGCGGCUGUCGACCGCGAAGAUCGCCUCGAAGCUGUCAAGGAAUUAGCUGGCCGUGUGGAGGAUUGGAAGGGCCAUAAGAUCGACCACUUCGGCGAUCUUCUGCUCUAUGGCACCUUCACAGUUCUCAAGGGUGAUGGCAACCGAGAUGUCGAACGAGAGUAUAAGGUAUAUUUGUUUGAACGCAUUCUUCUUUGCUGUAAAGAGAUCAAUCCAAACAAACAAAAGAAUAAGAUCAUGGGGACGAACAAACCCCUCGUCGACAAGAAGGGCAAAUUACGACUGCAACUAAAGGGACGGAUAUUCAUGCAGAACGUAACGGAAAUUAUUUCACUUGCCAAGCCCGGCUCUUACAUGGUGCAGAUCUUCUGGAAAGGAGAUCCAGGGGUCGAGAACUUUUCCAUCAAAUUUACGACGGAGGAUUUCAUGAAGAAAUGGGCCAAGCAAGUUGAUGCUCAACGACAAGCAUAUAGCGAGGUCAAGUCGAAUCCGCCAAGAGGCUCGGGCACAUCAGACUCAGAAUUCAUGUAUAUGAAAAGCCAGAGUGCGAACAUUCAAAACCCCUACCAACAAGAGGAUGAAGCCGAGGAAGAUGAGGAGCCUGAGCCGCAAAAGGAGACUCAAGAGACCACUGGCUAUCCCCUAAACUCCGAGCUUUCGAUCAGCCGUAAUGCAUCCAGCACUAGCUUACGCUCGAGGUCGACGACCGGCGAGAGCGGACCGCCUCUGGCACAAGGCCCUGCUCGUGUGGCUAUGCCUCCUCCACCGAGGUUUCCUAUUACGCAGAGCCCACCUCUUUCUCUGCAUACACAACUUCCAUUGAGUGCCAUCUCACCUGGGGAACGUCUUGGUAAUUCCUAUUUCUCUCCAACUGUUGAAUCGCCAAUGUCAACACGCACUAGUGGUUCAUCUUCGGGCAUGUAUCCUUUCCCUCGUCAAGCAACGCCUAACAGUGGUUGGCCAGGUGAAGAGCAUAACCGUUUCACAGCACCUGCAAUAGGCCGAACUGCGUCCAGAGAAGGUCAGACAGGUUCCCACAGUUACAGUAACCGGCCCAGCGGUCAACGACCUUCUAUUGCCGGCUUGACUGGCGGCCAGCUGCCCAACCGCCUGCGAUCCGCAAGCAGCCCUGACAUCCAUAACAUUACAAAUUCUGGUCGUCGGAUAAAUGGCCAUAUUCAUCCUCCCAUGCCGGAUGUACCAAUGCCACCUUUGCCCGCACACAUGGCGCAUAUGAAAACUCCCGUUAAUCGAAGCCAAAACAAUUCGCCGACUGGUUCCCAGGGCGGUGUGGUGACGCGUUCCAACACGCACUCCCCUAACCUCACACGAGAGCGUCCGGGAUUCACGCAAGCUCCUCCUACCCAUGCACAGCAUCAGAGUCAAGCAUAUGAUUUGCCUAUUCGACAAGAUCCCCGCCAGGCACUCCCUCCCCAGAUAUCUGCCGCGCCUGACUCGCGCACCAUGUCCCCUUUGUCGGCGCCCGCGCCCGAACCAAGUCAACUCAAAGUACGGGUCAUUAUGGGAGAAAACUAUGUGACCCUCGUCGUUGGGAUGAAUAUCAGCUAUCAGUCUCUCAUUGACCGGAUUGACGCAAAGUUAUCCAGAUUCGCCCCAUGGUCUAUCAACCGUGGCAAUUGUCGUCUGCGCUAUGUUGAUGAGGAUGGAGAUACUGUUACAAUCAACAGCGACGAGGAUGUUCAAACUGCCUUCCAGGACUGGAGGGAGCAAAACAUCAAGCGCGGCCUGAGCAAUCAGCUUGCUGAAAUCCAGCUCGUAUGCCAACUGCUCGAACACCCGUGAUUUUUAAAUCUGGUGCACUUCUCUCGCCAGUGCUUGGAUUGAUCAUUUCUGAAAAAUUUUUCCCCCAUUUUCCCAUAUCAGUGCCAUUUUCACCAAGGCCUUUACCAUUUUCAUGGCUUAUGUUGCUUUACGACAGCGCGUCCAGGGUGUGUGGGUGAUUCCCUAUAUAUUCUUUGCUCUCAGAUGCGGUGCACGCGGUGUUGGGGAAAUUCGGCCUGGGCCUGCUUCUCU